AUGGCGAUCACAGCAGCUUCAAAGAAGAGAAAGGUCCUGGAUGGAAUGGCCGGGCGGGUACAGCCGAAAAAGAAAUUCAGAAAACAGGCCCAGUACCACAGCAGCACCGAGGAUGAGGACGAGAGCGACAAUGAUGGGUUUACUCCAGUGAAUUUAAUGGACUCUGAUGAGGAGGAGACCACUAAAAAAGUCACGAAACAUAAGGCAAAAUCGCUAUCCGAAGCGCCAAAGAAGAAGCUGAACAAGAAGGAAAAUAUUGUUGAAGAUGAUGAUAUUGAAGACGACGAACCGGAUGUGAAUGCAUCGAGUGGAGACGAGGACGACGUUGAAAAGAACGAUAGAGAAGACAACGACUCCAUGGCAGACGAUGACGAUGAAGAAGGCGGCCUCCGUCUUAAAUCAGUUACAAAACGCCACGAUCCCACCGCAUUCUCUACAUCCAUAUCCAAGAUCUUGUCCACAAAACUACCCACAUCCGCCCGCGCAGAUCCAGUUCUCUCACGAAGCAAAGCCGCCGCCCAGGCAUCAUCAGAUCUCGCAAAUGAGCGUCUCGAACAGCGCGCACGUUCAAAGCUCCGCGCAGAGAAAAAAGAAGAGCAAGAGAAAGGCAGAGUUCGGGACGUCCUAGGUAUCGAACGCGGAGAAGCCGGAGAGACCGCCGAGGAGGAGAAAAGAUUACGCAAGAUUGCGCAGCGAGGUGUCGUCAAACUGUUCAAUGCCGUUCGCGCAGCUCAAGUUCGCGGUGAAGAAGCGGCGCGUGCAGAACAAAAGAAGGGAACGAUUGGAAUUGAGGAGAGGAAAAAGGCAGCGAAUGAGGUUAGCAAGCAGAGUUUCUUGGAGUUGAUUAAUGGGAAGAAGGGCAAGGCAUUGAAUAUUGAGGAGGCUUGA